GCCCCGAAGAAAUCUCUCUACCGUCGUUACGUGGACGCCAAGCGCGGAAACAACAAGACAAUCUCAGACGAGGAUCUCAAGAAGUACACUGGCAUGACAAGAGAAGAGUUGGGCGAGUGGUCUACGGACCGCCCGGGCGUCGGCGGUCAUAGGAAUGCUGGAGAUAUCACGGCUGGGCCUGUGACUGGGUUUGGUGGGAUGGCUGCGACUAAUGGGUUCGGAGGAUGGGGGCCCGAUGCUAGAGGGGAUUUGAAGUUUCCGCCUAAGAAAGAGGAGAAG